AUGAACUACGGUCACCUGAUAGAAAAGUACAGGCGCGACUUUCACUCCAGAGCCUAUCCUGACCGCUUGAAGAGGGUCCCGUACGUGAAUCGUUUCUUCCAGAGAGAGCUGCAUGAUAUUUAUACCUCUCCCUCUUUUCGCGGAAAGAGCCUAUUGGACGUUGGUUGCGGCCCCACAGUCCACAAUGUCUUUCCUGCGACAACCAAGAUCCAGAACGUGGUGCUCUCCGAUUUGUGUGCUGGAAACAGACGGGAAGUAGAGAACUGGAUUCAGAAGACGCCGGGUGCCAUAGAUUGUUCCUUCAUCAGCGAGGCACUGGCCGCCGUGGAGGGACACGUAGAUUUACAGAGUGGAGCCAAGGAGAUCGAAGAGAGAACAAGGAGGGCCAUCAAGAAGACGAUUCCUUGUAACAUCCUUGAUCCUAAUGUCCUUUCGAAGGAGCACAGAGAGACAUUCGACGUCGUCUUUUCCAGUCUCUGUCUGGAAAGCGCGAGCCUCGACGAACAGACCUACCAGAAAAACACGCAGAACAUCGGCAACCUGGUAGCUCCUGGAGGAUAUCUGAUACUUUGUGGUAUUGCUGGGUCACUGGAAUAUUCGGUUGGUGGGAUCAAAUUUCCUUCGCUUUGCUUGACCUCAACAAUAGUUACCAACUCGCUGAUAAACGCUGGAUUUGAGGUCAAGCGAUGGAGUUCACUUGACAAGGAUGCCACUUUCGAUGACCCAGAGCGUUGGGACUACGUGUUUGUUGUCGUAGCUCAGAAGCCCAUUUCGCCUUUCAUCAUACACUUUUCUCCAACAAAGUUCGGGGCUUGGUGUAACGAACUGCUUAACCCUUGAAUAAAAGUCUCACCCCAACGGCAUGACCAAAAUUAUAAACUAGCUACUUGAGACUAUGCUCUUUAAGGCAUAUUAAAUUGUCGACCAUUACAGAUACGAUCUAUUCCUAGAGUUACUGACAGUAUCGGAACGGCAGAGAGGUAUUUCAGUUACCCCCGCCUUCAGCGCGUGCUUUCUGCCUUCGAUAAUGUUUCGGUGCCUUGCGGGCC